AAUUGAAGCAACUAACACCAUUCUCAAAACUUUCUCUCUCUAAUUCUCUCAUAUUUUCUCCAUUAGUAGUAUCAUACUUGCAUAUUAAUUUGUUAGAGAAAUAAAUAAAGUAGUAGGUAGCCAUGAAUAGCGUUGGUAGUGCCGCUUUGAUAGCGAAAACCACAUCAGCUAACCACGAAGAGUUCUUCGCAAAGCGAUGUGUGUGGGUGAAUGGGCCGGUUGUAGUUGGGGCCGGGCCAUCGGGUUUGGCUGUUGCAGCUGGUUUGAAAGAGCAAGGUGUACCCUUCAUUGUUCUUGAGCGAGCCAACUGCAUUGCUUCAUUAUGGCAAACACGUACCUACAACCGUCUUAAGCUUCACCUUCCUAAACAAUUUUGCCAACUUCCUAAUUUUCCAUUCCCUGAUGAUUACCCAGAAUACCCUUCCAAAGACCAGUUCAUAAACUACCUUGAGUCUUACGCACACAAAUUUGACAUACAGCCACAGUUCAAUGAAUCAGUGCAAUCUGCUGAGUAUGAUGAAACCUGUGGUUUAUGGAGGAUCAAGACCGCUUUGGACGGUGAUAGCAAACGUGAGGUUGAGUAUAUUUGCAGAUGGAUUGUGGUUGCAACAGGUGAAAAUGCUGAGAAGGUGGUGCCUAAGUUUUUUGGUUUCCAUGAAUUUGGUGGUGAUAUUAUCCAUGCAUGUGAAUAUAAAUCUGGCGAAGAAUACCGCGGUAAAAAGGUUAUGGUAGUUGGCUGUGGAAACUCUGGCAUGGAAGUCUCUCUUGAUCUUUGCAACCAUGAUGUUAAACCCUUACUCUGUGUUCGUAGCUCGGUUCAUAUAUUGCCAAAGGAUGUCCUGGGGAAGUCGAUAUUUCAGUUGGCAAUGUCGCUGUUGAAGUGGUUUUCAGUUAGUACAGUUGAUAAGAUACUGUUGUUACUAGCAAGUUUAUUGCUAGGAAACACAGAUAAAUAUGGUCUAAAAAGGCCAGAAGUUGGUCCACUUGAGCUCAAGAAUACAGAAGGAAAGACCCCAGUCUUGGACCUUGGUACAUUUGGUAAAAUCAAAUCUGGACAGAUUAAGGUUGUUCCUGGUAUCAAGAGAUUUUCCAGAGGUAAAGUCGCCUUUGUCGAUGGAGAAAUUCGUGAGAUUGAUUCCGUUAUCCUCGCUACAGGAUACCGCAGCAACGUUCCCUUCUGGCUAAAGGAAAGUGAUUUCUUUACCAAAAAUGGAUUCCCAAAAGCUCCAUUCCCCAAUGGAUGGAAAGGAAAUGCCGGGUUAUAUGCAGCAGGGUUCACAAAACGAGGACUAUCAGGUGCAUCAGAAGAUGCCAUCAGAGUAGCAGAAGACAUCGGGAAAAUAUGGAAAGAAGAAACCAAACAGAAGAAGCCUCCUGCUGCUUGUCAUAGGAGGUGUAUUUCACAGUUUUGAAAUAACACAAGCCAAAAUAUGUUGCCAAAACUAAACUUUGUUCAGAUAACUUCUUUAAUUUAUUUUAUUUUCUUAUUUUGGCGGGUUUUUGACUGAUUUAGGCAGUUGUUCACUUAUGAUAAACUACAGAAAUCAGGUUGCAUAGACAUUUUUCUAUAGGAAUACAAACUUCACAAAGCAGCCCUCUCCCUGAAAAGAUCACAGUCCUUAGUUUCAGAAAUUAUUAGGGGCACCUUUUUGUAUAGAGGAAGAUGAGGCUUUUUACUUUUUUAUUUUUAUUUUUCUCCUUACCGUGUGAAAUACCUUGGUGUAACAAUGAAAAAAAAAUCUAAAACAAAAAUUUAUAUAUAUAAU